UGGCCGGACUGUGAGGGGCUCGUGUCCGCCCUACAGCCGAGUGAAGAUGGCGGCGAUGAGGCUGCUGACGGGGGCCGGUCUGCUGUUGGCUCUGUGCGCUCUCGGCCUCCUCACAAUGGCCAUCUGCACAGACUACUGGUAUGAGACAGACGCGCGGAGGCAUCGCGACCGCUGCAAGAACUACGCCAACAAGAGGAAGGACCCGGGCUUCAUCUACAUCCCAAGCCAGAACCUGCCCCUGCGCCAGUCACCGCUGCACCGCUCCAAGAGGUUCUUCCUCGGAUCUACCCCGGUGGACUCCCACUGCAGCCGCCAGUUCAACUCCACCGUGCUGGGCCUCUGGAGAAAAUGCCACCGCCAAGACUUCGACCAGGACACCGAGGAGCUCAUCUUCAAGGGGGUCGUGCAACGCUGUAUGCCAGUGAAAUACCAUUACUCCUCCUCAACAGUCCCACAGAAUCUGCCAAUCAAUUUAACCAUGAGCAUUCGACAGGAUGAAUGGCAUGCACUACAUCUGCGGCGGAUGACAGCAGGCUUUAUCGGUAUGGCGGUGUCCAUUAUCCUGUUUGGCUGGAUCAUUGGAGUCCUGGGCUGCUGCAAGGACCAUGACCUGAUGCAAUACGUAGCGGGCCUGUUGUUCCUCAUGGGAGGAACCUGCUGCAUCAUUUCUCUCUGCACCUGUGUGGCUGGCAUCAACUUCGAGCUCUCCCGCUUCCCUCGGCACAUGUACGGGCUGCCUGAGGAUAUCAGCCACGGCUACGGCUGGUCCAUGUUCUGUGCUUGGGGCGGCCUGGGACUCACCCUGUUGGCGGGCUUUCUCUGCACCCUCGCUCCAUCCCUCAGCACGCCACACACCACCGUCCACAAAACGCGGGUGGAGAGCAGCACCAUGUGACCAAACAGCAUAUGGCCAAGGACUUGCUGUGAAGGACCGCCCAGUGUCAGUCAGCUGAACCAGCGAUCAGAGCUUGGUGGUGUGGUGAGAAAUGUUUAAACACUUUCACACUAAGCAGUUUUCUUGAAUGUAAUUUAGUAGAAUAACUUGUGAUAAAGAGCGUUCAUACAUUAAAAGCUUUAAGAAAACAUCUUUUUCACUAAUGCAUUGAAAAUCUCAUGUCCUGGGCUUUAUGGUAUACGAUUUUGAUACUACUUUACACUGUUCCAGUCUCCCAGGAAUAAUAAACACCUCACUUGUUUAGAUGAUGCUGUCCUCUCCUACCCCACAAUUUAACCAAGGCAAAAGGUGCUGAGGGGAGGGCAGUGGGACUGGUCUGUCCAAGGUAGUAUUUUGUAAGGUGACUAAUGUGAACCACAGCUGCAUUUAUUUGUACAAAUAUUAAAACAUUUUUCCCACUGUACAGAUUUCUGCCGAUGUAAAUUGCAUCAUUGUCAAGCCCUUUGACUCAUUUUGGUUAGAUCUUUUACACAAUUUUAUAAUAAAACUCAUUAAAAUCCAAAUAAAACAAUCCAUAAACAGUUUGAAGCUGCCGCUUACUGUGCAACCUCUCGCUAUUCUCCACUUUGCAAAGUAGGGCUCUCAAAGUUGAGUUUCGGGUGAAAGGAGCCUCAGUACUGGAAGGUAUCAGGUCAUGCCGGGCUGUAGUAGCUUGUGUAGCAGGUAAUCACAUCUGUGCUGCAUGGGCUUAAGGAGAGAAGAGCAACGACUGCAGACUGACCAGGAACAGGGUAAAUCAUAACCCAGUUCAGUCCAUGUUAUCCAAAAGAAAUUGCUGACACCGCCUGCUGUUUUAGUCCAACACAUCUUGCUCACACCCAAAGGCACAAACGUGUAGAUUAUUUAGCAAAUGCUAAAUGAUAAAGGAAAUGAAGCAUCAGUAGUCGAAUAGUACCUUCCAUCUUUCCUUGUACAUACUCGCUGGUUGAAAGCUCACAUGUAUUUGCAAUGUUUAAAACAGCAGGGCCAAUGUCAAAGUGUUCACCUCAGUUGUCAGUACACAGCUGACACCUGUCACUGUGGACAAGGCCACCUGUGCAAUGCACAACUAUUCCUGCCUGAGUUCCAGGUAUCAAGGGCUCUUCAUCUUAAGGCAGCGAAGCUUCAUAUGAGGAGCAGGGUUCCAAAGUCCUCCAUUGACUAUCAGUGUUAAGAAUAGCACUUCCCACACAAUCAAACUGCAAAACCUGGCUGAUGCUUCAGGUACUGAAUCACUAUGACAGCCUCCAAAAAAAAAAUCAGGAGGGCUAAAAGUCAUGAAGUUGCCCUAGCAGACAAGGUGAAGCAGAAUCUCAAGGGGAAAAAUUGGUCUUCUAGAUCAGAAAGUUAAUCUGUGUGCAGCCAAAAGAAUUGGGCAAAAAUCUUAAAUGGAAAUUUGGCAUCUGUAUUUACUUGGGAGAUGGAUAGUCUACAGAAGCAAGGCAAAGCAGCAGCGAGGUCAUGGACCCUAUACGAAUUACAGAGAUGUUGUUUGAUGUCUUCAGUCAAAUUAGGGUGGAUAAAUCCCCAGGGCCUUACAAGGGUUUUUCUCAGACCUUGUGGAAUGUACUGCAAGUGCAGAAAUUAGUAGAGAUAUUUAACGAUAGGUGAAGUAGCGGAGGACUGGAGGAUAGCUGAUGUUGUUCCCCUGUUUAAGAAAGGCUCUAAGAAAUAACCCAGGAAAUUAUAGGCCAGAGAGCCUGACAUCAGUAGUGGUAAAGUUAUUGGAAGGUAUCCUAAGGGCCCAGAGAUAUGAGUAUUUAGAUAGACUUGGAAUAAUUAGGGAUAAUCUGUAUGUCUUUAUGCAUGGCAAGUCAUGUCUAAGCAAUCUUUUUCAAGGAAGUUACCAGGAAAGUUGAUGAAGACAAUGCAGUUGAUGUUGUCUACAUGGACUUCAGCAAGACAUUUGACAGGGUUCCACUUGGAAGCUUAUUAAGAAGUUUCAGUUGCUUGACAUUAAAUUGGAUUAGACAUUGGCUUUGUAACCCAAGAAUGGUUGUAGAUGGUUGCCUUUCAGACUAGAGGCCUGUGACUAGUGAAGUGCUGCAGGGACCGGUGCUGAUUCCAUUGUUAUUUGUCAUCUAUAACAACAUAGAUGAUAAUGUGGUUAACUGGAUCAGUAAGUUUACAAAUGACACCAAGAUCGGGGGUGUAGUGAACAGCAAGAAAGACCAUCAGAGCUUACAGUGGGAUGUGGACCACCAGCUGGAACUUAAUGCAGUCAAGUGUGAGGUUUUGCACUUUGGUAGGACCAACCAGGGUGGGUCCUACAGUGACCAUUGGGGCACUGAGGAGUGCGGUAGAACAAAGGGAUCUGGGAAUACAGGUCCACAAUUCAUUGAAAGUGGCAUCACAGAUAGAUAGGAUCAUAAAGAAAGCUUUUGGCACAUUGGCCUUAAUAAAUCAAAGCACUGAGUACAGGAGAUGGGAUGUUAUGUUGAAGUUAUACAAGACAUUGGUGAAGCUGACUUUGGAGUAUUGUGUGCAGUUUUGGUCACCUGACAGGAAAGAUGUAAACAGGUUGAAAGAGUACAGAGAAAAUUUACAAGGAUGUUGCUUGGAGUGGAAAACCUGAAUUAUAAGGACAGAUUAGAUAGGUUAGGACUUUAGUCCUUGGAAUGUAGAAGAUUGAUAGGAGACAAUAGAGGUAUACAAAAUUAUGAGGGGUAUAGAUAGUGGAAAAAGAUUGCUUGUAUUUACCCUGAGAUCAGGUGGGACUACAACCAGAUGUCAUGGGUUAAGGGUGAAAGGUGAAAAGUUUAGGGGAAACCUCUUCACUCAGAGGGUUGCAUGUGUGGAAUGAGCUGCCCGUACAAGUGGUGCAUGCAAGCUGUUUCAACAUUUAAGACAAGUUUGGAGGGCAGGGUUAUGUAGAACUUGGUCUGGAUGCAGAUCGAUGGGAGUUUAAAUGGUUUGGCGCAGACUGGAUGAGCCAAAGAGUCUGUUUCUGUGCUGUACUUUUCUAUGACUCUAAGCUGACUGUGUUGUGGAAGCAGUGGCAAUGCUUUGUGCUGGAUACUCUUGGGGAAUAGUUAGUAAUGGGCAAUAUAGGGGGCCUCAGAGAAUACAGGGAAUGGUAAUGUUAGUUUCUGGAGAGGACUCCAGGGAAUAGUGGAAAUGGUAAUGGGUUGGUAAUAGGCAACACUGGACUCUGAUAGGGGUUUGGGAUUGGGUAACAUUAGGUCUGAAGGCUAGGAGGUGAGAAUAAUUAUACAGGGCCACAGGAAGAGUUUGAAAUGGGUAAAAUGUAAUUUGAGUGAGGGGAUGGAAUGGGCUUUAGUUUUCUGCGGGUGCCUGUUGAAGCCAACAGACCAAAUAAAGACUGAUGGUUUCAGAGAGCACCAACUGAAAAUUCUAUCCAACUAAUUAUUUUUAAAGGAAUUGUGGGGCGGUUAGUGUUUGCCCUUGUUGUUGAGCCAACACCUCCAUGUCAAAACCAAUCACAUAAAUUACUCCUGGGCACUGAAGGAUAAUAAUGUUUUCUGUACCCUGCUGAUUUAUGUAUUCUGUGGUAGUCCAGCCCCAGCACCUUCUCCCGGCCUUAGCAACAGCAAAAGCAUGUUCACUGAUCACACCUUGGAGAAAUGAAGCAAUUUCUCAGUUGCUGAUCCAACUCCUUCUCCUACCUUGGUGCAGCAGAGAAAAUCACCACCACACUGCUGCCUCUUCUUCCUGCUCCUUCCACCUGCUGCGCUUUGUUCAUGGUGUCACAUCAUUUCUUAAAGGAAGCAUGCAGCCCCGGGAUGUGCAAGUCUGUGUACUGUAUUAAACUCCAGUGCAGUGCUACAUGUGUUUGGUUCGAUGUAAAAUAUUGUGAUGUCCAUUUGAGAUGUAUUGUUUAUAGCAAGGAAAAGUGACUUUAUCAGGGAAGUGUUUGAAAUUGUAAUAUACACACUGCGCAUUGAGUUGGUCAAAAAUAAAAUUAAUGACAAGAUAGUGUUUUGUAGUGUCAUUCUGGUUAAAGCUGUCACUGUGUAUGUUCAAUGGGCUGUGUGGGAGGUGGGUUCACGGAUUCCAGUCACAGGUGGAUCUCUCUCUCUCCUUCUUGGCUGAGCUUCCUCCCAGGCUGUUACUAUAUCCACAAAACUUAAUUACCGCAGACUCACACAUCAAAACCUCUUCCACAGCCAAAGCACACCAAGGGCACAAGGACCUCAUUCCUGGCGGCAAGCACCAUGACCCCAGCCAAACCUAACCAGAACCUAAGAGGUGAUUCAAGACAAAAGGUGAAAGGUUGCUCAGCAUGGAAACAGCACUGAGCCAACAGAGAUCCACCCAGUCACAUAAACUUUACCUCAAUUCUAUUUACCUUUUCUACAUUCCC